AUGAGAGCCAAUUCCCUCGUCGGAGACCUCAACAGGGUCCUGACGAUGGUCAGCCUCGUCUCAUGGGGGCUGUCGACAGAGGCCACACGCUUAGCGUUCCAAGCUACCAUCACCUUCUUGCUGUAUCUCAUGUGCCAACGAAUCUCUCUCAUCUGCGCGAGGCUCAACGAGCAGCAGCGCAAACCCGGCAUCACGCCACUCGCCGGCUCGGCAAAGAUGGAUGCCGGUGCGUCGUUGCCACAGGCCAGCGCAGCGUCCGACGAUCACGCCUGGAUGCCGAGCCCGGCGCGAGGAUUCAGCGUCCGCGGUCCGACGUACCACCGGGACGGGCGCAAGGUCCCCAGCGCGGUAGCCUUUGGCAGGGUCGUGGCGAUGGACACGCUGCGUUGUCCGAGGAAGCCGAUGCACCUCCUGCAGCACGGACUCAUACGGCUGCCAGCCGGCAGCAGCGACUGGCGCGAGCCGUACGCCGAGUGGCUGGUCGUCGUCCAGAUGCUGCCGAUGCGGAUGCGACACACGCUCUUCACCAGCGCCGCCACCGACGGCGACACCUUCUGCCUCGUGACCUACGUCCGGCUCUCUCCCGGCAUCGCCGCCGCCUACGACGGCGACGCGCCGCCGCGAGGGGCGGCGGAGGUGCUGAAACGGUUCCUGCUGCGGGCCUACCGCGACGAGGGUGUGGCGGACGCGCUCAAGGAGAUUGGGCUCGUCGCCAACCUCGACGCUGCUGCCAAGCUGCUUCUGAGGCCGGUGGCCGCGCUGCUGCGCCGCUUCAACGGCAAGCCCGUGCUGACGCGUCCGCAGCAUGUCUUCUUCCGCGGCGAGGUGUUCGGCGAGAGGUACCUGGAGAUCGACCUCGACGGGCACCAGUUCAGCUACGGCACCCGCUCCGCGAUCAACAAGGCGCGCGGCGAGGAGCAGAUGCCAGAGCAGCUCCUCUGCGGCUGCCGGCUGCUGCGCCUCCUCGAGGAGAGGGCGGCGGGAGGCACAAACCGAGUGUGUAUGUAG